CAAUAAAUUUCUAUGGUCCUCUUUGCCAAACGAGCUGAUCAAAUUUGCCAAGUUCACCUAAAUUAGAUUGUGAGUUUGUGACCACAACUUUAUAACACUUAAAUCGCGUUUGAAAAAGCUAUAAUUCUCCUCCAUAUUGGUAAGUAUGGCCACUCUUACUUUCGCACCAUCCCCAGCAUCAUAUCUCCAUCGUUCGCAAAGAAAACUACCUAGUUUCAAUCCUAUUCAAUGCCUUGGGACUCCAAAAGAGGCCAUUCAGAUCUCUAGUAAUGGACAUGCCACUAGUUUUCCUGAAAAGGGUCUUUUAACACGCCCGGUGACAUCAUCACCUCCUCCUAGGCCUCGUCGGAUAAUCUUGGUAAGGCAUGGACAGAGUGAAGGGAACGUGGAUGAGAGUGUCUACACAAGAGUUGCUGAUCCAAAGAUUUCGUUGACCGAGAAAGGCAAGGCUGAGGCUGAGGAAUGUGGUUGGAGAAUAAAGGAAAUGAUUCAGAAAGAUGGAGCUGCUGAUUGGAAGGUCUAUUUCUAUGUGUCACCAUAUAAACGAACACUUGAAACACUUCAGCACUUGGGUCGUGUAUUUGAGCGUUCGAGAAUUGCUGGCAUGAGAGAAGAGCCUCGUAUCCGCGAGCAGGACUUUGGGAAUUUUCAGGAUAGAGAGAAAAUGAGAGUUGACAAAGCUCUUCGUCUGCGUUAUGGUCGUUUCUUUUACCGCUUUCCCAAUGGAGAAUCUGCAGCAGAUGUUUAUGACAGAAUUACAGGAUUCAGAGAAACACUUAGGGCAGAUAUUGACAUUGGACGCUUUCAGCCACCAGGCGAGCGAAGCCCAAACAUGAACGUGAUUAUUGUGUCACAUGGCCUAGCUUUGCGUGUGUUUCUGAUGAGGUGGUAUAAAUGGACUGUGGAACAAUUUGAAAGACUCAAUAACAUGGGCAAUGGUAACUUAAUUGUCAUGGAAAAAGGUUAUGGUGGAAGAUACAGCUUGUUAAUGCAUCACAGUGAAGAAGAGCUAAGAAAGUUUGGAUUGACAGAUGAAAUGCUGAUUGAUCAAGAAUGGCAAAAGACUGCAAGACCAGGAGAACUGAAUUAUGACUGUCCAGUGGUAAAUUCUUUCUUCACUCACUUUGAAGAUGAGGGCUGCACAACAUGACUAAAGGGAAGACAUAUAAUUAUUAGCAUUCAAAUUUUCACCAUACAACGGGAAGCAGCUGAAGAUUAUUACUAGACAGACUAAAGGCCAGACAAUCUGAGCAAAAGACCUUAAGCCUGCGGAGGGUUUUGCUUCAUGAACAUCAUGAUUCUGCCAAGGGAUGAUUGUAAUGUUAUAUUAGUCAUUCUUGCAGGGAUUUUGAUGAAAUGAGAGGCAAUGCCAGCGUGCUAUAGCCAUUAUUCUUAGGACAAUGUAGCAAAAGGCCUUGGCAGGAAGGACAUUGAAUCAACAAAAGAGAAAAUUUACAUGCUGAUUUGUCCCUAAAAUGAGUAGCAAUUUAGAAUAAAACUGUGGUUGUCCAUUGAAAAUUGGGACUCAUGGUUAACAAAUAGUUAUCCUGGGUGUAUCUGUUUGGUCUAUUAUUUGAAUUAUGAACAAUUUUCAAUUAACAAAGAGGAAAACAGCAUUAUGCGUAUAGUAUAUGUGAUAGGGCCCAAAAUGGUGCUGAAGAGUCUUUGGAGCCUCCUUCGAUACACCUUCUAAUUUCCUUUUCAAGUUAACUAGCUGUCAUAGGUGAAGACACACCGCAAGAUAUAAAGAAAAUAGAAUUAUUGGAUUAAUAAUAUUAGAUU